AGGAAAGCACCCGCCACUCACCUCCAUUUGGCCCAGCCGAGAGAAACAAUCUCAUUAUGAGCCGACUCCGGCAAGCUAUCUGCUCUGCCACCGCCGCUUCCUUCUACCUUUCAACUUCAUUCGUUUUCCGCAAUGGCAUCUCCCGAGCUUUAUCCACUAGCAUUCAUUCACCCUUGUCGAUCCACUCUCAGAAUGAUUCUGAAGCCUUAAAACCCCACAAACUUCUCGCAUCCCCGUGGUCCACCACCCAGCUCCGAGGCCUCAAAUUGCGCGGCGCCGAUGUGAAGCCAGGGAAUGUUAUUGAGAGAAGAGGUGGUAAAAGCACAACAUAGUACACAGGGAAGAGGAGGAGCUAUUGUUCAGGUAGAGCUGCGGGACGUUGAUAGUGGAACCAAAGUGAAUGAAAGAUUUCGUACAGAUGAGGCAGUUGAGAGGGUGUUUGCUGCAGAAAAGACUUUUACAUACCUUUACACUGAUGAUGAAAGUGGAAAUAUUGUUCUAAUGGAGCCUGAUACAUAUGCACAGGUGGAUGUACCAAAACAUUUGUUUGGUGAUUCUUAUGUCUACCUUCAAGAUGACAUGAAAGUCAGUGUGCAGAUGUAUGAUGAAAGACCAAUGUCGGCAUCAAUUCCAACACGCGUUACAUGCACCAUCUCAGAAGCUCCAGUUCACGUGAAGGGUGCUUCAGUUACCCCUCAGUACAAAAAGGCUGUUUUGGACAAUGGUCUCUCUAUCAUGGUGCCGGGACACAUCUUACCGGGGGACAAGAUAAUAGUAAACACCACAGAUAAUUCUUACGCUAGCAAGGCUUAGAUAAGAAGUCUUGGACAAUUGUUGCUGCUUGUUAGGUAUACGAAGCAUUUUGCCAUUUCUUACAAGGAAAUUACUAGCAGAAUUUUGAGGAUGGAUUUCAGGAUUUUUUUUAUUAAAGAUUGAUUUAUUUCUGCAUUAUUUAAAUAAUAAAUUUAUGCUUCUUCUACUCGUUUUGUUUUACGAGUAUAAUUUGUAGUUAAAAUAGAAUAAAUGGGUGUUCUUUCCCCCCUUAUAUGAGGACCCAAUUAU